GAAGAAACGACGGCAGCAAUCCACCACCAUGGCAUCUGUAUUUCUAGGAGAUCUCGACGACUUCAUCGCGCCGUCACAAGCAUGCGUGAACCCACUCUUCCUUACGGGCAAGGACAAGUCCAAAGAGCCGACCCAGGUCAACUUGGACAGCGACAUUUACAGCGGCAUCCACCAAGUCGCGAUCGAGCCCAAUCUCAUUCGCAGCUCGAGCCAAGACACCGCCAUGGUGUCUCUUAACGACUGCCUUGCAUGCAGUGGCUGCGUCACAUCGGCAGAAUCCAUCCUCAUCUCCCAACAAAGUGCCGCCGAGUUCUUGGCCGCGCUUCAAACCCAUCGCCAUGCCAUGCAAUUCGUCGUGACUUUGUCUCCCCAGGCCCGCGCGUCCAUUGCGGCUCAUUUCAACCUGCCCAUUGCUGUCUGCCACAGAAAGCUCGUCACGUACUUCCGACAGAUUGGCGUUCACGUCGUGUUGGACUCGGCGUGCGCCGCCGACCUCGCGUUAUUGGAGGCCCGCGCAGAAUUCAUCGCUCGGUACCGCCACCGUCAGACGCUUCCAUGGUCCCGCCCGCCGUCGUCCCGGCCAGUGUCAUCAACCCAGACCGACUACUACGACGCCGCGGCCACAGAUGAGCCACCUGCGCACGUGGCGCUGCCCAUGCUCACGUCGUCGUGUCCAGGGUGGGUGUGCUACGCCGAGAAGUCGAACGCCAACGCCAUUCCGUACAUUAGCACCACCAAAUCCCCGCAGCAAAUCAACGGCACGCUUGUCAAGCGGCUGCUGGCCACCGGUCAGCCGGUGUACCAUUGCACAGUGAUGCCCUGCUACGAUAAAAAACUCGAAGCGUCGCGAAACGACUUUUUGGACGCUGCGACCGAUACCCGCGACGUCGACUGUGUGCUGGCAGCGUCGGAACUGCUCGAUAUGUUGCAUGGCGUGGAUUUGGGUUCGCUGGACGAAGCCACGUUGACGAGCGACGAAGUGCUGUGGAGCGGGUUGGCCUCAGGUGGAACACAUGUGCUGAGCAGCAGCACCACGUCCGGGGAGAUUGGGAGCGGAGGGUACUUGGAGCACAUCUUUCGAUACGCGGCGAAGGAGCUGUUCAACGUCGACUGCCCCGACGACCUGCCGUACGUGAUGGGCCGGAACGCCGACUUCAAGGAAGUGUCGCUCAAUGUGGGCGGCGUCGAAGUGCUGCGGUUUGCGCUCGCGUAUGGGUUUCGCAAUAUCCAAACCGUGUUGAUGAAGGUCAAGCGCCACAAGUGCCCGUACCAUUUCGUCGAGAUUAUGGCGUGUCCAGGUAUGUUGUUAGUGAAUAGUUAGUUGGUUGACAAGGAUGACGUAGGCGGAUGUUUGAACGGGGGGGGGCAAAUCAAGCCUGAAACCCCCGCCGGCAACAAGGCGCUGGUGGAAAAAGUGAACCACGUGUUCCGGGACGCGGAGUUUCGCGAUGUCGCCGCCAACCCCGCCGUCGCCCACGUGUACAACACGUACCUGGACGGCCAAGUGUUUUCCGCCAAGGCCCAGUCGCUGCUGCAUACGCGGUACCACGCUGUGCCCAAGAUGGAGCAGGCGAAUCCGUUUGGCAUUAAAUGGUAGCGCAAGGGUUGGCCUGGCCCUCGCGACAUUGUUAAGAUGAAGCCACGAAUCCAAAUACACAUGAAAAGCGUGGUCUUGCUGGUUGAG